CGCCACAUUUACUCAGUUAGUAUUUGUCUUUAGACUAGGGUUUUAUUUUGUUGCAGACACUGUUUUCAGCAUCACAAAUUAAAAGAAUAAUAAAACUAAAUUCCAUCCAGGAACAGAAUCAAUGGUUGCAGUUUUACGUGGAUUCCUUUGUGAAUUGAGUUGGAGUGUCUGAAGGAAGGAAUGGUUUCGUUGAUGCCAUGACUCCUUGAACUUGAAGUUCACUAGUUUGGUAAAGUGUGGUGAUUUGUUGGGAAAAUGGAGGAUCAGGCAGUUUUAGAGGGUGUUGGAAGAGAGGAAGAGGAAGAUGAGUUUUGCAGUUGUUGUGAAGAUGACGAUGAAGUAUGCAAAGAAGUUCAGGAGGAAAAAUUGAAGGAUGAGCUUGAUGAAUUUUCAGUGAAGUUGUUCUUCAAGGGCUUGUCAAUAUCCGGGGUUGUAAAUUCUGGUUCUGGGUUUUCUGGAAUUGGAGUGUUCAUGGAAAGAGCAUCAAGUCUUCCUGUUAUUCGGGUGCAGAAAAGGCUUGAUUUUUAUGCAGAGGAACCACUUGUUGACUACUUGGCUCUCAUGGAUGGUUUGCUGGAAGCUACGAGGAACAAGAUCCGCAGGGUUUAUGCUUUUACAGAUUCUGAGUUGUUGUACAAUCAGAUAACACUUGAGAAAAAUCUUGAGAUGCCACUUUUGAUGGCACUGAGAGAAAGGAUACUGGAACUUGCGAGUAAUUUUGAAGCCUUUAUUCUGAAUCAUGUUCCAAGUAUUGAUCUUGAGCAGCCACUGCAAUUAGCCAAAGUAGCAAUUGGACUUGUCACUUUUCCAGUGAAUGGCCAAAGUCUACUUGAGAGUUGUUCUAUUUGUUGUGAGGACAAGCCAAUGCCAAUUAUGGUCACCAUGAAAUGUUUACACAAGUUCUGUUCACAUUGCUUGAAGGCCUACGUUGAUAGCAAAGUACAAUCUUGUCAAGUCCCUAUCAGAUGUCCUGAACCAGGAUGCAAAAAUUACAUCUCUGCCACCGAGUGCAGGUCUUUCCUACCAUUCACUUCCUUUGAAUCUUUCGAGAAAGCUCUUGCAGAAGCAAGUUUACUCUAUUCAGAUAGAAUUUACUGUCCAUUUCCAAAUUGCUCUGUUCUCAUUGAUCCUCAUAAAUGUUUAUCAGCUAGGGCUAGUUCAUCUAGUCAGUCAGACAAUUCUUGUGUUGAGUGUCCUGUUUGUCAGAGGUUUAUCUGUGUGGACUGUAAGGUACCAUGGCAUUCUUCUAUGAGCUGUGAAGAAUUUCAGAAUCUUCCAGAGGAGGAUAGAGAUGCUUCUGACAUUACUUUGCAUCGCCUUGCUCAGAAUAAUAGGUGGAAGCGCUGUCAGCAAUGUCGUAGGAUGAUUGAGCUUACUCAAGGUUGUUACCACAUGACAUGCUGGUGUGGUCAUGAGUUUUGUUAUUCUUGUGGUGCGGAAUACCGGGAUGGUCAACAGACAUGUCAGUGUGCAUUUUGGGAUGAAGACAACUCUGAAGACUCAGCAUCACACUCUCUCCAAGAAUCAGAACAAUGGGCAUGGGAGACUUUCAAUUCUAUCCCCAUGAUCACAGAUGCAUACUCCGACCAAGAACAAUCACAGCUUGCGCUUAUUCAAAGGUUUUUAACUGGAGGUUUAGGUUUGAGUGACCAUCAUUCUUACCAGUCUCCUCCUCCCCGCUGUUCGGACUCCUAUGUGGAUGCAAUCAAGGAUCUGCAUCAGCUUCCAUGGCUCGAGAGUUUUGUGUCUGUGAUAAGUGAUGACUAUGAAGAUUAUUUUCAAUGAAAUUGCUUGAUCUUGGACUAUCAAAAUAAGUUCCUUAACUUCUAAACGCGAAGGGAUGCAGAAAGAAUUUCUCCCUCUUUUCACUUUUAAAGAGGGGUAGCAGAAAUUGUGGUUUACAUUUCCUUCAUGUCAUUUCUUGUAUAUGUUCCUAGCUGGGAUAUCUUUGACCUAAGGUCCUUUGAUAUAACAUGGUGAAGAAUCUGCUCAUGAUGAUUCUCUUUAAUGAAACAAAAAGAAUAAAAAGAUUUUUUUUUUUUUUCAUUUU